UUAGAUACAGACCUUUAUAAAUUCAAUUCUCAAAGGUGUUUUUGUCGGCAUAACAACAAGGUGUAUGCCAUAUUUCUUCAUUAAUUCUCCAUAAUGCUCAAUUAUUGGACCAUAAUUUUGAAAAUUUUGGUUUCCUUAAGGCGAAAAAAAUUAGCACACCCACAAAAAAUUCUUCUUAACUUUCCCACGAAACGAAAAGUAAUUCGGCUUAUCGGCAAAGAUACAGACUAUUGUAAUUUGUACACAUGUGGUUUAUUAUUUUGAAUGAAUUAUUGUAAUUGGUCGUGGAAAAGAAAAUUAAAUCCACUUUGUCAUAAUAUAUUGCAUUACUUAUUUCCAUAUUGUUCCGAGAGUCAAUCCAAAAAAAAAAAAAAAUGAUAUCUGAUGAAAAUUUUGAUAGCAUUUUUUUUUAAUAUUCAUAACAUUUAUGUUAAAAAAAUGAGAGUCUGCCAGUCGGAUUAUGCUACUUGAAAAAAUGGCGACUCCUUAAAACAAUAAUUUUUUUCGAUAGUAUAUCACUUGUUCCCGCUUUCUGUUUUACAUAUAUAUGUGUUAAUAUGACGGGUAUUUAAUUUCUAAACGUUUCAUUGGCCUUGCUGAAAAUUUUAGCUUUCAGUCAACGUACUAUUGCAGAAGUUACACUAUUACCGACUAAAUAUCGUUUUUCAGAGCAAAAAAAAAAAGGUUUCAGUUCAUGUUGAAUGUUACCAAGUAUUUCACCAUGUGAUAUAAAUAUUGUGUACUAUUAGUAUAGAUAGUGAAAAAAAUGAAGGAGGAAAUCAAAGAAUCAAUAAUAAUUGAUGGAACAGAUUCAAAAGAAUCUUUUAACAAGGAAGGAGUUGAGGAGGGCUUGUUGUCCCAACAAUCAAAUGGAACAAUAGAAGGAACAGAAGAAAAUGGUUCGCCUAACAAUAAAUUAGGCAACUUGGUCAAGGACAUCAGAAAGAACAUGAAUACGCUGGACGAGAGCAUUCAAUUGUCGCACUACACAGAGCGAAUGAUAUUCCAAAAUGAAUUGCAACUAUUAAUUGACAAGCAUCUUCUUGAUUUCGAACUCGACAGAGAAAAGUGUAAGAAUGCGAGAUUAAAAAGAAUGAAUGAUGUUAACCGCAGUGUUAAUACAUUACCUCGAACAGAAAAUGAUGAAAUCAAAUACUUAAGAAAAAAAUGUCAAAAUUUGACAUCAGUCAUGAGAAAGCGUUCUUGUCAUAUAAACAAAGCCUUAGCUCAAAUAAAGGAUUUGAAAAACGACAAAGAAAAUCUAAAACAACAAUUGGAAGAAAAAGAUUUAAAAAUAAAAGAAAUUAAUGAUAAUUAUUCCAGGCAACUCAUAGAAAUGAAGGAAAAGGUAAAAAAAGUAAAGGAAGAGGCAGAAAAGGAGAAAAAAAAGUACAUCCAAAGUAACUUACAAAUAGCGCUUCAAGAACAAAUUAAGCAGAACAAGCAAUUAAUGUACAAUAACUGCCAGUUGAAAACACAAAUAGCCCAAUCAAAAACAAUAGAUAAAUUCAACAUAUCCACUCAGGUUUUUGAAAUAGACAUUUCAAGAAAUAUGUAUCGUGAAGACGUUAGCGGGUGAUGUACAAUUGGAAAUAACUCAAUGUACAAAAACUAACAUUUUUAAAUAUUUAUACUGCGACCUUCAUAAAGCAGUCAUGUUUUAGUAAUAACUAAAGUGUAAAAAAUAAAUUAAUAAAAACAUAUAUAUGCCUUAUCUUUAAAAAUAUAAC